GUGUGCAGGUCCAGUUCGGAAAGGUAUUCUACGACAAACGGAGGAUCACCCCGUGUUUUUCGACCACAAAAAAAAAACAAGAAAAAUUACUGCCAACCAUGUCGGAGUUGAACAACGUCAUCGUACAUGGGGAAAAAAACGUCACGUCCGUUCGAUCCAGUCAGUAUGAUUACACGUGGGAGAUCAACAAUUACAGCGUUUGGAGCACCAUGGUACGUGGGGCCCAGUACACCCCCGUUUUUCCGUCUGGCCAGCACGAGCCAAUUCAAUGGCAGUUGAAGUUUGAUCCCAAAUCAUCCCAAAACCCUACUUUUGCUUCAUUGUUUGUUGAGUUGGUCGUUCCCAUUCUGAAGGAGGAUGAGAAAUUCCAUGCUGGAUGCGAGAUUACCUUGGAAAACGUCGACGGAACCACUAUUUUUGUGAAAUCCUUCAAAAGUGACAAUGGUUGGAAUCAAGGCUGGGGAUGGUCUUCUAAUCGAAUGUGAAGCGCUGCAUCAGGCCGUAAUGCCGGAGGACAAGUUGAUUAUUCGCUGUAAGAUUAUUGCCAACACUUUGAUCGUCACUGAAACGAUCAAGCAAAACUUGAAGAAACUACCGGAACCAUUGUCGAGCAGCUUGGGGCAAGAUUUAAAAACGCUCAUCGAUGAUAAUAAAUUCGGAGAUGUUGCCAUUCUGAUCGACGGCCAGCAGUUUUUGGCACACAAGUGCAUUCUCACUGCUAGGAGUCCCGUGUUUGCUGCCAUGUUCGAACACCAAUUGCAAGAAACCAUCCAGAAUUGCGUCACGAUCAGCGAUGUUGAACCGGGCGUCUUCAAAGAGCUGCUUCGUUACGUCUACACUGACGAGUUGACCACUUUGGACACGAUGGCCCACGCGUUGUACACGGCGGCCGAUAAGUACGUCAUUCCAACGCUGAAGAGUCGCUGCCAGUACCACAUCCUGGAUAGGCUUAGCGACGAAACGGUAGCCGAAACGCUGGUACUCGCCGAAAUGCACAGCGACCAGGAGAUGAAGAAGCGUGCCUUGAAGUUUCUCAGCGAAACCAUGACGACCGAGGUGACCGAAACCGAGGGUUGGAUGAACAUGGUGCAAACUCACCCUUACCUCGUGGACGAAACGGUCAAGGCGUUGCUGGAGGUCAGGAAGACUGUUGGCAAGGAAUGAUGAGGCAGUG